AUGAUAUCAAAGCUGAAGAACUCACCAUCGUCGACGACUUUGCCAUUGCCCCUUCCGCUCGAAAACAAUCCGAUUUUGGACUACUUCGAGAUUAUCAAGGAGACAAGCUGCGCUGGACCCUGUCUAGUGUGGCGUAUCCAUGAUGCUAUCAGGAAAAGUGAUUCAAAGAAAUGCUCGGUGUUCUUCUUCGAUAAGCGUAUAGUUGAUAAGCUGUACAAGCCGAAAAAGAAAGAUAGUAUGCUCGAUAGGAUAAAGGCAAGCAUCAUCAUCCUAGAAAGGCUCCGCCAUCCCAGGCUGUUACGUAUAAUUCAUACACUUGAAGAAGGUGAACAUACCUUGGCGUUUGCAACCGAAGCUGUUUAUGGAAGCCUCCAUAACAUUUUGGCUUGGCAAGAAUCAUCCCCGGUGCCUCCUGGUUGCGAGAUGCCUGUAAUGCCGUAUCCCAUGUCAUUGGGGCCGCCGUCAGAACAAUCAACGCCACCCAACCCGCCGUCAGAGCCACCACCGUUUGCCCAAGAAUAUAAUUUCUUGGAAAUUGAAUUAUGUUUUGGGAUGCUUCAGAUCAUCGAAGCGCUCCAUUUCAUGCACUACAGCAUUAGGCAAAUCCACCGCAACCUUUGCCCGCAAGUAAUCAUCGUGACUAAACGGGGAACUUGGAAGCUUUUUGGCCUCGAAUUUAUCGAAACAGUUGUUGGCCUUGAUCCAACUGAUAAUGUUUCCGUGCCACCGUGGUCUACGAAAGUGGCCAGGAUUUGCCAGCCCAACCUCGAUUUCAUGGCCCCAGAAAUGCAAACAAACGGCGAAUGCACAAUAUUAUCAGAUAUGUUCUCUUUGGGACUGAUAAUAUGCGCUUUGUACAACCAAGGCAAGUCGCUGAUUCAAGCUAACAACAACCCCAUGCUUUAUAUGAAGCAGAUCGAAUAUUUGGACCAGCAAGUGUUGGCCGUGCUGCCUCGUAUACCGCCGGGGCUGCAAGAGGCCGUACAGCGUCUGCUCUCUCGCGAUCCGCACCCGCGUCCCUCAACUCAGUUGCUGCCGCUCAUCAAUUACUUCAAAUGCCAAAGCGAGCCAGCUAUUCAGUCGAUGCUGUUCCUGGACGUAAUCAGCUCGAAAGACGUCGCUCAAAAGAAUGACUUCUACAAAGGCCUACUGGUUGAAGCUUUGCCUUUCAUACCGAAGAAAUUACGUUGGCAGUUUGUUUGGCCAAUUUUGGAGGUGGAUGUGGAGACUCCAGAAAUUUUGGGCUCCGUUCUUAAUCCCAUCAUGUGGAUGACGCACGAGUCUACUAUGGAGGAGUUUGAAACUUCCAUCCUUCCAGCUUUGAAAAAAGUGGACUUCAUGAAAGUGAUGCGCUCAUCAAACCCUGAGCCAUGUCAAGCAUUGCUGGUGAAUCUCCACCAUUUGAUACAUAAGUGUUCGAGGGAUGAAACAAACACCAGGAUUAUGCCACUGCUAUACGCUGCCAUGGAUACCAAUAACAGCAUUAUACAGACGGCGUCUUUAAUUGCCGUACGGAAUGUUUCUGAGAUUAUCUCUGACCGAGAAUUACAAAAUGUUAUCAUAGCUAAGGUGAAGCAUCUCCUUGAACUAAACCAGAAUGAUGUGAAAGUUGUAAGCCUUGUGCUUGGUUUCUUUGAGAUGGUUCUUCUUCGUCUACAAAGAAAGCAUGUAAUGGACGUCGUUGUACCGACACUUCUGGUCAUGAAGCUGAGUGAUGCUGAUAUAAUUACUCGUGUCGUUAAACUUUAUAAAUUCAUGAUAUUGGAAUCUAAAUUCGACCUCACCAGCAAGGUGAUGGCCACCGAGAUGAUACCGUCUUUGGCACCUCAGGCUGUCAAUCCGACGCUUGAUCUGGAACAGUUUAAUAUGUUGAUGGAGAUAAUUUAUCAAUUGCUGGAGAAUAUUGACAAGCACCAGCGUAGUCUGUUGAAGGAACCCAGUGUUCCUGUGCCCACCCCUGAACGUAGCGUCUUUCGCCAAGCGACACACACAGAUAUCAAUAAUCCACCACCGUUUAGUAUUCCCAACCUACGGGUAGACAGACGGAAGCCAUCCAGUACCGACGAAAUGGAUCGCAAAAACGCGGCUGCUGGUCCUUCUACCUCCAAGGCAGCCAGUAGCACCAUUGGUAGUACAGGCAUCGGCCAAUGGUUCUUCGGUUCGAACAACUCUACAAACAACGAUGGCAACUUUCUGCGUGUUGCAAGCGUAUUUCCAAACAGACGCUUAUCAGAUAAUACUAUGAUAGCACCCAAGAUUCGCAUUGCUCCAUCUUGUGCUUCAUCUCCAGGCGGAACUCCAGGUAGCGCUUCUGGAUUGCCAACUCGGCGCCAUUCAAGCAUUGGACCACAAGAGCGCCGAGGAUCUGCUGUAAACUUAUCACCACCCACUGUUCGUCAGUACAGAGGACGUGGCGGCUCAGGCUCGAGCCUAUCCGUGCCAUCGCCCUCACAUCACGUCGGUGGUUCGAUGCCGAAUACGUCAUCAAGCGUUCCGUUCUUGCUGACAUCAUCAAUGCAGUCGGUCAGGUCAAGGCGACCAUCCGCGCAUCUCGGCGGCUCGCAGGGCUCCGGGAUUCUACAUCAUCUGAGCGGAGGCAUGGUCGGUAAAAGAAGGAUAUCAAAAUAA